UCUCUCUCCUCAUCCACCACCAGUGCCUCCACGAAUCUUCAACAGGCAAAGCCAAUCAAUAAUCACCAGCCACAUCAAUCCAUUCCCUUUCCUCUCCCGCUCCACUUCCAUGGGCAAGGUUCGGUCCUUCUUCUCGCGCUCCCGCAGCGGCAAGCGCGGCAGCGCCCGGAGAGCAGGCUCGUCCUCGCCGCACUCCUCCGCGGCCAGCGCGCCGCCGUCCCCGUCCCCACUCCCGAGGAGGUCACCGUCGUCGUCGUCAACCACAACCAGGGACGAGACGGAGCGCGUGUUCCGCAAGUUCGACGCGAACGGCGACGGGCAGAUCUCGCGGUCCGAGCUGGCGGCGCUGUUCGAGGGCGUGGGCCACGCCGUGACCGACGACGAGGUGUCGCGCAUGAUGGAGGAGGCGGACGCGGACGGCGACGGCUGCAUCAGCCUGCCCGAGUUCGCCGCGCUCAUGGAGUCCGCGUCCGCCGACGCCGCCGCCGUCGAGGAGGACCUGCGCCACGCCUUCAUGGUCUUCGACGCCGACGGCAACGGCCUCAUCACGCCCGCCGAGCUCGCGCGCGUCCUGCGCGGCCUCGGGGAGUCCGCCACCGUCGCCCAGUGCCGCCGCAUGAUCCAGGGCGUCGACCGCAACGGCGACGGCCUCGUCUCCUUCGACGAGUUCAAGCUCAUGAUGGCCGCGGGCGGCGGCGGCGGAUUCGGCAGGAUCGGUGCCUAGGAACAAGGAUCCUGUGCCUGUCCUGCUCUGCCUCUGCCCCGCUCCGCUCCGCUCCCACAAAUUGGAUUUCUUUCAUUUUAUUAUGUAUGUACAUAUACUACACUGGAAUCACACGGACAGCGCCACGUAAAAAAGCCCCCUUUUUCAUUUGGUUUUUGUGUACUAUACAAUGCAAAUCUGCAUCCAUUGUACUGCUAUGGAUGUUCAAUGGAAUUGUUUCGGCUUUCAUC